AUGAAGGCCCUUGCUGAGAGCUCCGGCUCCAAAAUAGAAGAAAAGUUCGCAUUAUCUGUCACCGACUCCACACCCUCCUCCACCACCUUGGAGGGCAAGCAUCCCCUCCAACCAUUCAGAAAGGGUGCCAGAGGCACCUUUGGUGGUGAGCUCGUAGCCCAGGCGUUGAACGCCGCAUGUGCCACCGUGGAAGUCCCCGAAUUCACCCCUCACUCGUUGCACCUGUACUUCGUCAAGGCAGGGCUGGAUGACACCACCAUGGUGUGGCAGGUGCAGCACGUCAGCGACACCAAGAACUACGCCAACAGGUUGGUGCAGGGGUUCCAGGGUACGGGAGGACGCUUGGUAUAUGUGUGCCAGGUGUCGUUCACGCGAGCCAACCACUCUGAGCACAGGAUCAAAGCAGCCGAGGAAAAGGCAGCUGCCGUGGUCCAGGCAGGAGGCAUAGCUCGUGAGCUUCCAGUGCAGUUCCAGACGAAACCAAAUUUUUUGUUUGAGAAGUACCGCAAUCGUUUGGACGAGUUCAACUCCCACAUCCACACUUUCGACAUGCUCGAGCACAUCACGCCGCCAGACUACUCGUACCGCGACCAAAAAACUGAUUUGGGGGCUGCUGGCAACAAGCAGUUCGGAUUUUUCUUCCGGGUACGUGAUGACUGGCGCAAGGCCCAAAAUCCCACAACCACCCGAUUCCUCCAGCUCGCAUUUGCCUCAGAUUCUGCCUAUUUGGGCACAGUGGUGGGUGCGCUCGGCUUGAGGCUUCCUGUUGACAUGAAGGACCCAGCCAUGUUGCCCACUUUCGCCUUUUUCAGAGUGUCGCUCGACCACACCAUCUACUUCCACGACCUCGACUUCGACCCUGCCAGCUGGAUGUUCUUGGACUAUAAGUUUUCCAGACUUAACAAUGACCGUGUGUUGUGCCAAUGCAUCGUGUACACGUUAGAAGGCAAGAUGGUGGCGCUGGUGAUACAGGAAGGAUUGGUAUACUUUACGGACGAGAUUUUGGGACGGGUCAAGCGCUUGGGCGUGGACGGAGACGACCUGGGGGUCUCCAAGUUAUGA